AUGGAUACUAAUUACAGAGCAAAUAUCGCAAAAUGGUUGCCGCUUUCCGAUGGCCUUCUCGACCAAUGGCUCGUGGACGCUUCUCUUUUGGACGAAAGAAUGGGAAACUUGGCAGGAUGCAUAGCUUUAAUCAUCGAGGAUUUGGCAGAGGCUCGGACUUGCGAUCUGGAGGUAUUCGAAGAAAUGCUAGAUAACUUGGAAGAAUUGAUAAAGAAUUAUGAUUCGACGUGCAAACCGGGGGAAUUAAGCACCCAUCUGAUAUAUAAAUAUAAAAUAGAUCACCUGUCGAUAAUAUUGAAGCGCAAGCUCAAUGUGGUUGCAAAAUUUAUCCAAGAUUUAAUUACUGGUAUUACCGAUUGCAAAAGUGAAGAGAAUAUAAGAAUAGUGUUUAGAUUAGUAAAUGCUUACAACAGCAUGCUCAAUAUGGAUCGAAACGUAUCAGACUCUUCCGUCAAUGUCUUUUACAACGAUUGUCCGUCCAUGUUGGAGCCGUUAAAGAAAAUCUCUGUGACCAGAAUAUUGCAAAUAUUAGCGAAAAAUAGAGCGGAAGAAUCCUGUCACGAACUUAUCGAUUGUCUUCUGGCAAAUUACGAGCCUCAUGAAAAACUGGAGCCAAUAUCUACAACGAAUGAUGUAGAUGUUUCAGAAAACUCUAGCAUCGAAAUUUACCGUGCUCUUACGAGGCAUUUGACACCACCGAUCGCAAGUGCCACAUCGACAUCUGAAAUAGAAACAUCCAAUAUCGAAAGCGUGCAGACAGUUGUAAACACGCAGAACGAGCAAGUCCUUAGACUUUUAAAUGUUGUGCAAGAGAUCUCACCGCGACUGCUUGGCACGGACGCUUUAAAAACCUGCAAUGGUGAAACAAAAUUAAGAAGCAACGCGAUAAAGAAAGUAAAGAGCUAUUAUCAGGAAGUUGCAUGGGGUGCACUGUCUAGUAUUUUGGAUCAUGUAAUAUUAUGGUGGUCCCGAGAAGCCCUUGCGACUCACCACAGUCAUGGUGCUCAGCACCUCAAGGAUUGGUUGCGACAGUUCAUUCAAAGGAACGAAAUCCCACCUACAGUCAGAUCAGCGUUGCAGAAUUUAUGCGACGCACUCGGUUAUCACACGACUAUCACUGCCUGGGAUCAAAUAUUUAGAUUAGCUUACACCUCGGCUUUCGAAUGCCGUUCGAAACCAUCGUCCACGGAGGGAACCACCACGGGCCAAAUGUUUGUCGAACUAUUCCAUUUGCUAGUUACCCUCAGCAAUGAAUGCGAGAUUGGCGGUGAAUGGGUGAUAGGGGCACCCUUGAUAGAGUUACCAUUGUCAGAACAGAUUGUUGUGUUACAUAGAAUGGAUCAUUCGGUGCACACAGCGAGAUUGUGGGCCAUUCAGGAAGCCAAGAUUAUAGCCCACACCUGGGACCUUGACGUAUUCUUUCUGCUGGUUAAGGGUGACAUAGUGAAUUGCCUUGAAGAAUUAUCUUAUCUCAAACUCGCCGAUCACACAACCGCAUUAUCCACAGAUUCUAUUAGCGUUCAAGUAUAUGUGUGUACGAAGAUGAGAGCAAAGAUCGUCUCCGAAGUCAAGGCGAAUAUUGAAUUGCUUCAGAUUUGCCCCGUUAAGUGUACCGACACGCUUGCCAAAAUUUGUCGUGUAAUCAGCCUCGCCAAUUUGCACAUGUGCUUUCCGCGAUCGAAUUAUUGGAGAACGAGUAGCAGCGUACCUCCGGUGACAGCCAGUCUUUACGUAGAAACUUAUUUUGAAAAGGUAUUGCUACCAGUGUUGGAAGUAAUAGAGGAUCCCGAAACAUCAAACAUGAUUCUGCGAAUAAUGUGCGAGGCAUGGCUCGAUUAUAUCUAUCUGCAUCGUAUCAAGUUUAGCGAAUAUGGGGCGUAUCAAUUGUUGACGGAUUUCGCACACGUAUCAACAUGGGUUACAAAGUGUUCGAUCAUUUCGCAAAAUGUUAGAAAUCACUUAUUAAAGAACGAGGUUUUGCGUCGUUGCGAAGGUGUUGGACGACUUCUUUUGAGACACCCAGGAGAAGCUAUCGCUAUGCGCAAACGAUUGCCUCGAAGAACGAACGAGCGCGGAUCACCAGAAUCUCCAGGUCUAGAACGUAUGCCAGCCGAAAUGUACGUCCCGAAUCAAGAACAAUGGCUUGAAUUGCGCGCUCCUAAGCGAUACAAUUUUUGCUGUAUGGAAUAA